CUUUCAUGUUGAUCUUUCUAAACAAGCAGAGUGUUAGACAUCGGUCUAUGCACAGGACACUUUCAACCAACUUCACACAUUCAUCAGUCAGAACUGCAGUGGUACGACAGGCUGAUUACUCUUAGUCCUGGCAUGUCCAGCUACAUUUAAUUAAUCCGCUGCUUCAAGAUGUGGUCAAACAGGAGAACAGCUCUGAUCUGGCUCUUUCUGGUUCCAUGUUUGUUAAAAACAACAGGUCUACUGAUUUCACAAUGCACUUUGCAGAGGGAUUUUUUAGAUUCACUGAAACCUCAAGAUUUAUUUUAUUACUUUGAUACUAUUUCCAUGAAAUCAGUGCCUCACUUUGAGCUGGUGUGGGUGAAUUGCUCAAGAAAUGAGUCUUUCAGAGGGCUAUGGAGGUGCUUAUUUCAGAGUGAAGGAGAGAGUUUUGAGCUGGGCCAACACAGAGAUGAACAACCCGUGUCCUGUCCCACAAGUCUGGAGAUGGUGAUCAACUUGACAGUCAGCGUGGUGAAGAAACGGGAGGAUAUGUGCUGCGAGCAGCUGAAGUUACUGAGACCAGCACAUACAAGAACGCUUCUCCCUAUCUGCCAUGGCCAAUUACAAGGUCUGAUUCAGUCAGGGGAGAGGAGGCUGUAUAUUCGCCCAAUGCUUCAAAAACACACAGACCAUCUGAAAGAGCUUAGUACGGAUUUACCUUCUGGUGUACCUCACCUGCUAUUAACCCACACAUUACCAGUGAGGACACGUCUUAAACAGCCUAAGAGUCAGUUUAGGUUACGGAGGACACCUCUGGGGUCAGAGGUCACACAUCUGGAGCUCGCAGUGGUGGUGGGUCCUGAUGUCUAUGAUUUUCAUAGGCAAGACACUGAGAGAUACAUCCUAACCAACCUCAACAUUGCCUCUGAGCUUCUGAGAGAUGUUACUCUCGGUGCCAAUAUAAGAGUUCACCUUGUUCGUAUGGUCAUUCUCACUGAGCCAAAGCCAGACAUUCAGAUCUCCGAAAACAUCACUUCUUCUCUAAAAAGUGUUUGUGAGUGGGGUCAGAAGGUCAACCCUGAUGCUGACACUGACCCUUUACAUGCAGAUCUGCUGUUAUAUAUUACCAGGUUUGAUCUGGUGUUACCCAAUGGGAAUAAACUUGUGAGAGGUGUGACCCAGCUGGGCGGAGUCUGUUCUUCUCAGUGGAACUGUGUGAUUACAGAGGAUACCGGCUUUGAUCUUGGCAUCACCAUUGCUCAUGAGAUUGGCCACAGUUUUGGCAUAAAUCAUGAUGGACUAGGCAACACAUGCAGCUCCAGUGGUUUUAUGAUGGCAUCUGAUGGAGGUUAUAACAGUGUCGAUCUCACAUGGUCCCAGUGCAGCAGAGCUCAGCUCCACAACUUCUUCAGUUCUGGUAAGGCAGAGUGUGUGAAGGAUGUGCCGGUUCUGGGUGGUUCAGUGCAGGACUGGAGGCCUGGUCUCUUCUAUGGAGUGGACGAUCAGUGUCGUAUAGCAUUUGGCAGCUCAGCUACUGCUUGCUCUUUCACUAAUGGCGAUAUGGCAACCUGUCGUGUUUUGUCCUGUCAUAUCAACCCUCAUGACCGUAGCUCAUGCACUCGUCUCCUUGUUCCACUCUUGGAUGGGACGGAGUGUGGGCCCAGUCAGUGGUGUUUGAAGGGCCGCUGUGUGUCUCCUUCUACUUUGGGUUCCUCUGUGAUGGUUCACGGCUCUUGGUCUUCAUGGUCUGAAUUCUCUCCCUGCUCACGAACAUGUGGAGGAGGAAUCACUUACCGCAAAAGACAGUGCAACAACCCCAGGCCAGCCUUUGGCGGUAACGUCUGUAAAGGACAGGACACAGAAGCUGAACUUUGUAAUCAGCAGCCCUGUGAGUCGACUCAGCUGGAGUUCAUGUCUCAGCAGUGCUCAGCCACAGACCAGCAGCCUCUGUCAGUGUCUCCAGACUCCGGCUCAGUCUACACCUGGAUCCCUGCUGUCGGCUACAGCUCAGGUGAUGCUCAGUGUAAACUGAUGUGUCGGUCACGUGAGCAGGACUUCAUGGUGAGUCGUGGGUCUCAGUUCAUCGAGGGGACGCGGUGUGAAGCUGGUCAUACUAUACCACGUGGUGCCAUUUCUGCCUGUUUGGGUGGAAAGUGCCAGCUGUUUGGCUGUGAUGGAGUAAUGCAUUCUGGGAAGGUGGAGGAUGUGUGUGGAGUGUGUGGGGGCAAUGGCUCCACCUGUCAGUUCAUCUCAAGCACCUAUUCAGGCGGAGAAGCCGGAGAGUAUGUCACAUUCCUCAACCUUCCUCUGAACGCCUCUCAGGUUCAUGUGAUUAACACAAAGCCGGUUUUUACACAUCUUGCGGUGUUAUUAAAUGAUAAAUACGUGGUGUCUGGAGAUGGAAACCCAGGUCUGAGCAUCAAAUACCCUUCACCUCUGGAGAAAAGCCCCAUAAUCUAUAACCUGUACCUUACACCUGACCACCUGCCUCAAACUGAAGAGCUCACUAUCUCUGGACCAGUCACAGACAAAAUCCACAUACAGGUGUUUCGGAAAUACGGGCAAGAAUAUGGAGACCUUACCACCCCAAACAUCUCAUACCAGUACUACUCAUCCGAAGCUGUUUCAGUGAAGAGAGCUGCUGAGGGCAGAUGGUCCACUGUCAUAUCUGCAUGCUCAGUGACCUGUGGCACAGGCAUCCAGAAAAUCAGUCAGCAUUGUGUGGAUGUGCUCACAAGUGAUCGUCUGGAAGAUGAGCUCUGCAGUUCAUCCCCUCAAACAGCAGAUCAGCUGCAGCCCUGCUUCCAGCCCGACUGCCCACCCAGCUGGGAGGUCGGUGAGUUUGGAGCCUGCAGCGCCCCCUGUGGUGUGGGAGAGCGAGUGCGCUCUGUCACAUGUGUUCAGAAGCAGGGUACGGUGAAGGUAAAGCUGCCUGCAUCGGACUGUACGCUUGACUCUAAACCCCAAACCACUGAGAGCUGCAACCCUCAAAUUUGUCCUGCCAGAUGGCAGGUGUCUGAGCCUGGUGAGUGUUCGGCUGUGUGUGGACCUGGAGAGGCUCAGAGAACAGUGUCGUGUGUCCGCUCCCAUCACGGAUCUGAUUCUGAGGUUGACCAAAACUUGUGCUCUGAACCCAAACCCCCAGAACACAUUCCCUGUGUGGUGGACGUUUGUCCUGUCGGCUGGGAUUCCCAAAGUAAGGUGAUCCAUACAGGCCUGCAUGUAAUGCCCCGCUCCAGAAUGGUUUCGGUUUAUGUUUGGAGUCCUGUGAUUGGCCAGUGCUCCAAGACCUGUGGGAACGGAUCUCAACAGGUUUGGUUCUCCUGUGUGGAUCACCAGUCACAUCUAGAAGUGCCAGAGUUCCUUUGUGAUCGUACCAGUAAACCAGAAAUGUACACCCAGCCCUGCAGCCUAUCAAUAUGUCCUGUUACGUGGCGUUACAUACAGGGCCCAUGCAGUGUGUCUUGUGGAGGUGGUGUAGCGAAGAGAGUCCUGUACUGUUCCCAGAGGAUGGAGGGAGGAGACGGAAACAGGGAUCUGGUGGUGGGAGAAUCUGCUUGUCAGUCUGUGGCCAGACCUGCAGAGGUAGUGGAGUGUAAUACUGAAGCCUGUCCAGCCAGGUGGCAGGCUGGAGAGCUGGGCGACUGUUCGGUGUCAUGCGGGAUGGGUGUAACUGUGAGGAGUGUGCAGUGUGUUCAGUAUGAGGGAGGUAUAGAGAGGGUCGUGGAGGAGGACAGGUGUGACCCAGUAAACAAGCCUCCCAUCACAGCACCAUGUUUCACACACGUGUGUUCUUUCCACUGGGACGUGCAUGAGUGGAGUGAGUGUUCAGUCUCAUGUGGUGAUGGGAUCCAGUCUCGGACUGUGUCCUGCAUGGGCCCGUCCAGCCCUCUUCCUGUCAGUCCCUUUCUUUGCCUCCACUUACCAAAACCCAUCACCAUCCAGGCCUGCUAUAGUCCUGACUGUUCCUCAGCUCAGACCUCCACACCAGAGCCCAAGAGCACUCACAUCCAGUCAGAGCCCCGGAGGGGAGAGGGAACACAGAGGACCACACCAGCUCCAGCUCCAGCUGUCAGAAUGAAGAUGUGGAAGAGUUUCUCAGCCAUUGCGCCUACAGCAGAUGUGAUAAAAAGCACCAUUAGUACUACGACAAAAGAACCACCACAGACCAGUAUCUGUGGGCAACUCCUGCUUCAAGACUCAGGAACUAUUGAUCUGCGUAACGUGACUCAGAUGAGGUGUAUAUUUGCUAUCGGUCGACCUCUUGAUGAGGUUAUUCAGAUCAAAAUCAUAUCCAGCACUCUUAAAUGCCAGCAGAAGGAGAACAUCGCCUUGUACGACAGACGCAUCCUGAUGCGUCUCUGUGAGAGGAUGACGGGUAAAACACUAAAAUCUCGAUCAAAUGUCCUACUGGUGCGUCAGAGCCUCCUGACCCCCGGCAACGGAGUGCUGCUGUUUUAUCAGAGCACGAAGAACAAAAAAAGCCAUCAUGGAGAAUGUGACGUUCAGCUGUUCUCUCCUUCUGGAGUCAUUGAGAAUCCAAUCAAGAGCGCAGCCGCCUCCAACACUCAGAACUGUCGCGUGUUCAUCGAUGCUCCACCUGCUUUCAGGAUUCAGAUCAGAGCGCUUUCUGUGCUCAACAACACUGAUACAAACUUCACAUACAUACUGAUUCGGGAUGUGGAUGCCUUGAAGACGACCAUUUUCAGAGGGUCUCAGCUCUUCCUCUGGAGCUCCUCAGGAAACAGGGCUGAAGUGGAAUUCCAUGGGGAGUAUCAGCAAAUCAAAGGCAUGUUCAGGGCUGAGUAUUCAUACAUAAACCCUUCUGAAGAACAACCAGUGUAGUCUGUAAAAGAGCUUCGAGUCCACAAAGAGCCAUGGAGCAUUUAAAAAUCAUCCUAGGUAUAAUUUAGCCAGUUUAGCACGACAGAAUCACAACUGAAGAUAGGUUUUAUUAACUUUAUAUCAAAUAUAUCAUAUAAUCAUAUAUUUUUGUUCAUAUAGUUCAUAAAUCAUACAAUUUGCUGUUUAUAUAUAAGUGCUUCUGUAUAUUUAUUGUAAUGAAUAUAAGUUAAUCUAUGUAAACUGACAAUAAUGUGUGUCAAGUCUACUGCUAAGCUAUCAGCACAAAAUAAAUAACAAUCAUAAUUUGUUUUCUUAUAUUUUACAGAGUGAUUUAGAAAAAGUCAGUAUGGCUCUGAGUUUAACAUAACAGUCCUAUUUACCAUUUGUGAAACUCAAAUAAGUAUACUUCAUUUUUACGCAUACGUUAUCGACAGACUUUCAAACUCUGUAUGCAUAGCAUAUCCGUAAAAAACUGAAGUACACUUUGGGUUUAACAUGAUAUGGCACCGAGUAAUAUCAAGAGCCUUCUCACACUUACCAUUUGUACAGUUGAAACUAAGAACAGAAUGAGUGUUUCUGCCUGUCCUAGUUUAUGUCUGUAGCAGCCUCUUAGCCCAUAGUCACUUUCCUGAAAGGUGAAGUGUGUAAUUUUUGUGCCACUAAAUCCAGUGUGAAAAUAAUGACUGUUUUUAAACUGGUUUUCUGUUGUUCAGUGGUUGGAAAUAGUCCAGGCAUAAACUUGCGCUAUUGAGUCACUGUGUCAGGCUUGUCAGGUUGCUCAAACAAACAAAUAGGUUUUAAAAGCACCACAUAGUCACAAUGUUUACACUUUGCAAGGGAAUCAACCUAAGAAUGGUGUUGAGGUCAAAAGUCUGCAUCCCCCUUUCAGAAUCAUUAAAAAUGUUAAUUAUUUUACCAAAAUUAGAGGGAUCACACAAAAUGCAUGUUAUUGUUUAUUUAGUACUGACCUGAAUAAAAAGGUUUCACAUAAUAGAUGUUUACAUAUAGUCCACAAGAGAAAAUAAUAGUUGAAUUUAUAAAAUUCCCACAAAAAGGUCCCACAAAUUCUUUGGUUUUCCAGCAUUUUUGUGUAUUUGAACGCUUUCCAAUAAUGACUGUAUGAUUUUGAGAUGCAUCUUUUCACACUGAGGACAACUGAGGGACUCAUAUGCAACUAUUACAGAAAGUUCAAAUGCUCACUGAUGCUUCAGAAGGGAAAACCAUGUGUUAAGAGCUGGGGGUGAAAACUUUUGAACAGAAUGGAGAAGGGAAUUUUUCUUAUUUUGACCAAAUAUCAUAUUUUUUUUUUCAUUUAGUACUGCCCUUCAGAGGCUACAGAAGACAGUCACAUGUUUCCCAAAAUACAAAAUAAGUUAAAUAUACCCUAAUAUUCAAAUUCCAAAACUUUUCAUCCC